AGUCCUGAUACCUUCCCUUUUCCCUCUUUCUCCGAUCUCUAUCUUCUUUGACCACCACUUUCUUCUCAGCUGCUGCCUCAAUUCUCUCGAGAAUGGGGAAGCAAUCCAAACCCAGAAAGCCCGAGGCCUUCGGAAAAGGGAAGGUCACUCCUAUCCAGAUCGCGUUCAUUGUCGACAGGUACUUAUGCGACAACAAUUACUCUGAAACUCGCUCCAUUUUCAGAAACGAAGCUUCAUCUCUCAUUGCCAAUUCUCCAAUGCAGGAGGCACCCAAGACGCUGUUGAGUUUGGGAGAGAUGUUAGACGAGUAUAUCUGCUUGAAGGAGCAGAAAGUCAUACUGGACCAGGAAAGGGUCCGUAUGGAUCAAGAAAAAUACAGAGUUCAGAUGUUAUUGCAAGGUAUGCAGAAUGUGAUGACCGCUUAUAAUGCAAGUGGGAACCUUCCUGGUCCAGCACCAAACCUCCCAGCACCUGCCGCAAAAUCUAUGGCUCCUCAACCUCAGAUUACUAACAAAUCUCCCUCCGGUAUUCCUACUCCUAUGCAAAGCACAAUGAAUAUACAAACCCGGCCUCAGUCUACCAUCACUCAAGCAGAGGCAACACAUAUGAUGAAUCCGUCUGACAGAAAGAGAAAGGAUACUAAAGCCGUGGAUGCCCCUUCAGCUGCAAAGAAAACACGUGGUAGAUCUUCUGUCCGGAAAAUUCCAAGCCUAGGUCCAAACACAUUACCCCAAUCUGAUAAUGCUGCGAAUGAUCAAGUAGUUGCUCAGCCCUCUUGUGCUGGUCAGUCAUCACCUGACAAUUGCAUGCCGAAUGGGACACAGGUUCAAGGAUCUACUGUUGCUAAAUGCUUAUUCAAUGAGCCUUCACAUACGAUUCCCACCAAUUCGCCAAUUCUAAGGACGCCUCCCAGAGCAAAUUCCUCUCACAGUGACACACACGUAUCUCCGCCUGAGAUUUCUUCAGUUGCAAAUCGCAACAAAAGCCAUGCUUCUCGGGAGAUUACACCCACACGUUGCACUGUAAUUUCGACAAAAAGAGUAAUGGUCAGUCCUGCAAAACAGAUGGCGUACAUAGAAAGACGCCAUUGCAUUUCUCCUCUUAAACCGGAAUCAGAGAAGACGAGUAAAAGGGAGCAUGUAAGGAGCAGGUUGGACUUUGAUGGCUCUGAUAUGCCAGAGAGUUUGGACAAGCCAUUAUCUAAUGACAUGUCUACUUCUGAGUCUGACAAAGAAAUAGACAUGUUUGACAUUGAUUUUCCUAACUUAGAUGCAUUGGGAAUGGAUUUCUCGUUUACUGAAAUGUUAGGUGAACUAGACUUUCAUUGUGAAGGCAUUGACUUUUCUUGCGACCCAACAUCAAACCUGUCCGAGGAUAAUGCUUCAGGGCCAUCUAAUGAAGGUGAUCAAACUAACCAAGUCACGUCCGAAUUAUCUCCAAGUGCGGCAGUUCUAUCAGAGAAGGAAAUGAGCGCACAAGGUCCUGAUUGUUUGACUGCAAUGAAAUCUGUCACAAAAUGCAUAACAAUAUUAAGCCCUGUGAAAAACCGCCAGCGGCUUCUGGAUCAAGAGGACCCUACGAGAGACUGAAGAUGUAAAGAAUAACUCAGACUGACUUGGCACUUGUGCUUGCUGCAGGAUAUUCUUUUGUUCAUUGUUCCGAAGGAUGGCUUCCUGCAGUUGCUCUUGUUCAUGACAACUCAUUCAUUUCCACCUCAGCUUAGGAGAUUAGCCUAAUUUAGAUUAAUUAUAUUUUGAUGGUAACCAUGCUUAGCCAACCAGUAUGUUUAGAUUAUCCAAAAUUGAUAAAUUAUUGUAUAGUGUGUUAAGAAGGGAUCAUGAGAAAAGCAAGAAGUGCAUUUGAUAUACACUCUGGUAUUAUAUAUU